ACAACAUCCAUUUACAAAUAAGAUUACAAGGAGAAGGGCUCCGGCACACAGGAGACACACAAAUUCUCUCUCUCACAUCUCUCAACCAUGGAUUCCUCCGCAGAGUUGAUAGCCGAAGUCCCUGGAUUCAUUCGGCUCCAUAAGGACGGCAGGGUAGAGAGGCUGAACGGCAACGAGAGGGUCCCUCCCUCCACCGACCAUCAUCCUACCGGCGUCUCCUCCAAGGACGUCCUCAUCGACCCUGAGACUGGCCUCUCCGCCCGCCUCUACCUCCCCCCACUUUCCAGCAACCACCACCGCCGCCCACUCUUAAUCUACUUCCAUGGUGGUGGCUUCUUCAUCGAGUCUGCCUUUUCCCCUCUCUACCACAACUACGUCAACUCCCUCGUCGCCGAGUCGGGGGCCAUCGCCGUCUCCGUCGAGUACCGCCUAGCUCCGGAGCAUCCCGUUCCCGCUUGCCACCACGACUGCUGGGCGGCCUUCCAGUGGGUGGUGCGUCAGACUGGACCAGGCGCCGAGCCGUGGAUCGCCGAUCAUGCCGACCUCGGCCGCACUGUGCUCGCCGGCGACAGCGCCGGUGCCAACCUCGUCCACCACGUAGCCAUGGGAGCCGGGGGCGCGUCUGCAGUUCAUGGAUUGGGUCCGCCCAUCGAAGACCCGGUGAAGAUCCACGGGAUCAUUCUGGUCCACCCAUACUUCUGGUCGUCGACUCGCCUCGACAGCGAGUUGCCGGAGUCGGCAGAACUUGUGGAGUUGAUAUGGAAGUUGGCGUGCCCUGCCAGCCCUGGAGUCGACAACCCCAUUAUGAAUCCGCUAGCGGUUGGCUCGCCGUCCCUCUCUGGCCUGGGGUGCCGGCGCGUCUUGGUAGCCAUUGCCGGAAAGGACUUCCUGCGGGGCCGCGGCCGGUGGCUCUACAAAGCAUUGACUGUUAGCGGUUGGAAGGGGGAGGCGGAGGUGGAGGAGGUGGAAGGAGAAGAACACGUCUUUCAUCUGUUCAGGCCAGAGGAUGAGAAGGCGAAGUUGCUGCUCAAGCGAUUUGCUUCGUUCAUCAACGGUGGUCGAUACCAUCCUGGUCGUCCAUUAUAGAUUGAUGAGUUUCAGGUUCCCUUUGUUCUUACCCAAGGCCAAAAGCUUCACUUCCUACCAAACGUCUGCCACCGUCGUCUUCGAGAGAAGGAGAAAAAAAUCAGAACACUGGCAAUAAGUUGGACAGAAUCCGACAAAAUUUCUUUUCCUCUCUGCUUUACAUCUUUUUGCAGAUUCACGGAUGCCACAUAUAGGACAAAGUGUCUCAGUGAAUGAUGUGAUCUUCUUCAUUGUAUGCUUAAUUUUGUGUUUGUUUGUGGUUGACGUAGACAAAGAAGAAAUUAAAUAAAAGUUAAAUUUAGUAGUA